CCGAAAUUGAAAAGUUUGUACACGGGUGCGGUGUUGUUGCUUGAAAAAUCAAAUAAAAAAGUGGCAGAUUUCCAUCCCAAACCGAGGAAAGUGCGGUAAUUUUCUGGUAAAAGGUAAUAUCCAAGCUCUCUACUUUAAAUUAGCAUGAAAAUCCGACAGGUGUGACAAACACCCGAUAUGAGUUACCAAAGCCGAUCAAUGUCGUAUCAAAACGCCUCCGACAUGCCCAAGUCCAACUCCAAAGACCCGGCUGUCAUGUCCUGGCAGCAGAACAACUACAUGGGCGAUUCUGGUAUCCAUUCGGGCGCCCAAACCCAGGUACCUUCCCUGAGCGGAAAGGAGGACCUUUCCGAGGAUCUCUUCGACCUAGACCAAGGAGGUUACCCGGGUUUUACCCAGGAUCAGGUCGACGAGAUGAACAGCCAGCUGACGCAGACUAGGUCGCACAGGGUGAGGGCUGCCAUGUUUCCAGAAACUCUUGAAGAAGGUAUCGAAAUACCAUCAACUCAAUUUGACCCUCAGACCCAAACAGCAGUCCAACGAUUGGCGGAACCCAGCCAAAUGCUGAGACAUGCCGUGGUCAAUCUAAUUAACUACCAAGACGAUGCCGAACUAGCCACCAGAGCUAUCCCCGAGUUGAUCAAACUCCUAAACGACGAAGACCAAGUGGUGGUAUCCCAAGCGGCCAUGAUGGUCCACCAAUUGUCCAAAAAGGAGGCUUCCAGGCAUGCUAUAAUGAACAGUCCUCAAAUGGUAGCAGCUUUGGUUCGAGCUAUAUCCAAUUCAAAUGACUUGGAGACCACGAAGGGUGCAGUUGGUACCUUGCAUAAGUUGUCCCAUCACCGGCAAGGGUUGCUGGCUAUAUUCAAAAGCGGUGGUAUACCAGCUUUGGUGAAGCUACUAAGUUCACCCGUAGAAAGUGUGUUAUUCUAUGCAAUAACCACAUUGCAUAACCUCUUGUUGCACCAGGAAGGUUCCAAGAUGGCCGUGCGUCUGGCUGGAGGGUUACAGAAGAUGGUGGCCUUGUUACAGAGGAACAACACCAAGUUUUUGGCUAUUGUCACCGACUGUUUGCAGAUUUUGGCGUUUGGCAAUCAGGAAAGCAAGCUAAUUAUUCUGGCUUCGCAAGGACCCAUUGAGCUGGUCAGGAUAAUGAGGUCUUACAAUUACGAGAAGCUGUUGUGGACCACUUCAAGAGUUUUGAAGGUUUUGUCAGUUUGCUCUAGCAACAAACCAGCUAUAGUUGAAGCGGGCGGUAUGCAAGCCCUAGCCAUGCACUUGGGCAGUGGAAGUCAGAGAUUGGUCCAAAACUGCCUGUGGACUUUAAGGAAUUUGUCUGACGCUGCUACAAAAGUCAACGGACUGGACACUCUCCUGUCAUCCUUGGUACAAGUCUUGUCAUCGCCAGAUGGCAAUGUAGUCACUUGUGCUGCAGGAAUUUUAUCGAAUCUGACUUGUAACAAUCAGUUUAACAAAGAGACUGUUUGUCAGUAUGAUGGCAUUUCCGCGUUGGUGAGGACCAUCGUGAACGCUGGAGAUCACGAAGAAAUCACAGAACCCGCCAUAUGCGCUCUCAGACAUUUGACAUCGAGACACGAUAAAUCAGAACUUCGCACACAAAAUCAAGUCAGAGUUGUUGGUGGUAUCCCUGUAAUCGUAAGAUUGCUGAACCCCCCGUCUCGCUGGCCUUUGGUCAAGGCAGUCAUUGGACUGAUCAGGAACCUAGCUUUAUGUCCUGACAAUUUCUUGCCUCUUCGUGAAUCGUGCGCCAUCAAUUAUUUGGUGCAGUUGCUGAUGAGGGCUUACCAAGAUACCCAAAGACGAGCCAGCUUGACCAGCGGAGGCAGCCAACCCCCAGGUACAUACGCCGACGGUGUCCGAAUGGAGGAGAUCAUAGAGGGCACCGUUGGCGCCUUGCACAUCCUAGCCCGCGAGUGGAACAACCGCGAACAGAUCCGGCAACAGCGCGUCAUCCCCAUCUUCGUGCAGCUGCUCUUCAACGACAUCGAGAACAUCCAGCGCGUGGCGGCGGGCGUGUUGUGCGAACUGGCCGCCGACAAGGAAGGAGCGGAUAUGAUCGAGCAAGAGGGCGCCACUGCUCCUUUGACGGAAUUGUUGCAUUCGAGGAACGAAGGCGUGGCUACUUACGCGGCUGCAGUUUUGUUCCGUAUGUCCGAGGAUAAGCCUCAGGAAUACAAGAAACGUCUGUCCAUGGAACUGUCCAGCUCUCUGUUCCGCGAAGAGAACCUCUGGAACCCUGAUCUGGGUAUGGGUACCGAUUUCCAGGAUAUGUUAAGUCCUGAACAGGCUUACGAUAAUAUGUACGCCCAGGACCCGCCUAGCGUUCACAGUAGUCAUGGCGGAAGGCCAUAUCAACAGCAACAAGCCCUGUUUAGCGAACUACAAAUAAAUAUGGACAUGGACAUGGAUACCAUGGAAGCGCUCCCAGCGCCGCCCGAGUCUAACGACCAAGUCGCGGCUUGGUACGACACCGAUCUUUAAAAUAGUUUCUCUAAUAUUGACGUUGACAUUUCAAUGUCAAAUUCGAAAUUAUUUUACAGGUCGACUUUGGGAAAAUUGGUCAAAAUAAAUUCGAUUUUAUAUUGAUCAAUUCCUUCCGUAUGCGAGCGCGUUUUAGAACGCGGAGCCAUCUAUUGUCCAAUAGCCGAACUAAAAAAGGUUGGAGAAGUGACACUUCUCGUUGUUUUACUCAUAUAGUUAUAAAAGAAUAUACUACAGGCAUCAAUAUUGAGGGAAAGAG